UUUUUAUAUAUAUACAAAAUAUCCUGAAAUUACUUUGCAAUUUAUGCAUUUCAUACAUUCAUGUAAAAAUUUGUGUUGAACACCAGUUGCAUGGCAGAUACUGUUCUAAAUGCUGGCUGUCCAGUGGUAUAUGGAACAAAUAAGAACUCCUCUAAUUUACAUAAUUGUGGUUAGAGCUAGAUAGCAAACAAAGAAGUGUAAGUAUGUACUAUAUCAGGGUGGUGAUAAUUCCCAGUAAAAUUCCAGGAAGAUUAUUUUUAGACUCUGACAAAAUAUUUUGAAGUUCAUCUGGAGCAGUAUCUGUGAGAGAAUGAGAGAAGUUCUGAAAGAUUGUCCUAUUCGAUAUUGAAAUAUAAUAUGGAAAUUAAAUCACUGGUACAGGUGCAAGAUAGGGCAGUGGGAGAAAAUAUAGAGAGGGCCAGGAAACAUUGAGGCAAAAAUGAGAAUUUUUUGUCUAAAAUAAAAUUGACAUUUCAGAUUAGUGGAGAAGUGGAUUGUUUAGUGAAUUGUGUGUAUCAGCUAGGUAUUCGGUACUGCAAGAUUUCAACUGAGUCAAACAACUAAGUCAUAAAAACAGAUAACAUUAAAGUACCAGAAACAGGACUUUGAAAGCAUGACCCUAGAAGUAGUAGAGAAAAGGUCAAUAGGUUUGACAUAAAAAAAGAUUCAAUAUUUCCCAAGAGCAAAGAGUACCAAAAACAGUGUGAAAAGUCACAUGAUAAACUGGGGAAGAUAUUUACAGUACAUGUAAUGGACAGAGGGUUAAUGUUCUUGCUAGAUAUCUUGAAAUCAAGAAAAAUAAACUCAAUAAAAACAUGUGAAGGCCAUAAAAUGGAAUUCACACACAGUGCAAGUUGAAUUUCUUUUUUUUUUUUUUUUUUUUUUUGCCUUCCAGAGUGCUACAGAUGAAACAGAUUGCUAAUACCCAGUGUUGCUGGUGGGCUAGUGUGUUCACGCAGCUUUCUGCAGACCAGUUUGAGAAUAUUUACUAGGAUUUUAAAAGUGCAUUCAUUGACCAGCACUUCACUUCUGAAUUUAACAAUUCAAGGAAAUACUUGGGUAAAUGGGCAAAACUAUUUUGUACAAAAAUAUUCAUUGUGUUCAUAAUAGCAAAAAAUUGGAAAUCAUCUGAAUGUCACUUGUGUUCUAACUCUAUACAUUGGAAAACUGAGCAGCCAUGAAAAUGAUGUAGAUUUGUUUCACCAACAUGGAGAGAUGCCUGUUACAUAUUUUACGUGUGAAGACGAGGUUGUAAAAUGUGUGCCUAGUAUGCUAUAAUUUCGUAAGACCCGUGGAACUGUAUCUUCAUGUACGAUUGAAGAUGGUGUCAGUGUGUAUGCCAUAGAGAUCAAAAGUGGUUAUUUAUCUGAGUGAUGACUUUGUCUUCAUAGUGGUGAGAAUACUGAGGAGUGUCAGCAGUGGAAUGCCUGCUCUUCUCAUAACCGGAGCGGAAACGGAAGCGUUUUGUGCGAGGGCUGGAGGGCAGGUGAGAACGGCGUGGGCGCGCCCUGCCGUGGCUCCAGGCCUGGGGCUGCGGAAGCCAGAACAGAGCCCGGAACCCGAGUGCCUGCCCUGCUCGGGCCCGGGGGGAGGGCGGGGAGGGCGGCGCCGGGGACCCCGGCGGACCGGAAGGACUUGUGGCACGCAGCAUCCCCCUCAGAGGCCCGGAGCUGCCUUCGCUGUGGCGCCAUGAAGUUUCGCGCCAAGAUCACCGGCAAGGGCCGUCUAGAGCUGUUCAUCCACGUCAGCGGCACCGUCGCGAGGCUGGCGAAGGUCUGCGUGCUCCGCGUGCGCCCUGACAGCCUGUGCUUCGGCCCCGCGGGCUUCCGCGGCCUCCGUGAGGCCGGGCUGUGGUGCGAGGCCGGGCUGUGGUGCGAGGUGCGGCGGGGGGCCUUCCAGCAGUUCCGCAUGGAAGGUGUCUCGGAAGACCUCGAUGAGAUCCAUCUGGAGCUCACGGCGGAGCACCUGUGCAGGGCGGCCAGAAGCGCCGCGGGCGCGUCCUCCCUGAAGCUGCAGCUGACCCACAGGCGCCGCCCCUGCCUCACGGUGGCGGUGGCGCUGGCCUCGUCCCUGGGCCGCGCUCGCAGCGUGGUGCACGAUCUGCCCGUGCAGGUGCUUCCCCGGAGGGCGUGGCGAGGCUGCCCGCCGCCCAGCCUGCGCGCCGCCGACGCGAGCAUCUACCUGCCGCGCUGGAGGACGCUGAGGAGCAUCGUGGAGAGAAUGGCGAACGUGGGCGAUCACGUGCUGGUGGAAGCAAACCGCAGGGGCAGGAUGACCCUGAGCAUAGAGACGGAGGUGGUGUCCAUUAAAAGUUACUUUAAAAAUCUUGGAAACCCUCCGGAGCCGGCUGGCGUGCCUCCACACGGAGACCUGGAGAGCAUGGCGCAAGUGCGGGUAGAUAAUCGGAAGCUCCUGCAGUUUUUGGAGGGACAGCAAAUAAAUCCCACGAUGGCCUUAUGCAAUAUUUGGGACAAUAGUCUUCUUCAGCUUGUUUUGGUUCAAGAAGAUGUGUCUCUCCAGUAUUUCAUUCCUGCUUUGUAAAAGUUCAGCCAGCGUAGAUUUCUUUUUUUUAAGCUUACGAUCUUUUCAAAACUGAAACAGACCCUGAGUUAAUUGGGUUGAAAGUUUGCACCUUCUCUGACUUACACAGGGCGUAUAUUUUGUGGAGCCCUUCCUCCUUUGCAAAAUUUAUAUUAAAGCAUUGAUAAAACA